AGAUUACGUAAUGGGCCCAAAAACACUCAAUAUCACCUCCAGUUGGCAACCAUAAACAAGCCUUGUCAAUAUCUUUGCUCUUGCACUCAGUAACCGUUGUGAUCUCAACAUAUGUGGGUCCAUGUAAAGACCCUUUUGCCCCUUGGAUACCAAACUAAACAAGGCUUUCCUACCACAAGACACUUGUUUUUUUCUUAAUUCUGAUAUAGAUUCUCUUUAUUUGGCAUUGGCCAAUUUUUACAUUGGAUUCCUUUGCAAUCACUUUGAGCUAUUUUUUUGGAAGUACUUUCUUAGAGGGUAUCAAAUGUACAAAUUAUAUUAUUCUCUUUCAAAGCAGAAAAGGUGCCCUUUUCCCUUGCUGCCAAAAGAGUUGGGUUUUGGUUAAUGGAUAACUUUCUUUGAGGGUUAACUUCUAGGAUAGAGAAACUUUUCCAGAGAUCAAGAAGCUUUGUGUCCUCAGAUUGGGAUGGGGUUCUUCAGAGUGAUUGUCAAGAUUAGUAAACAAAUUGAUCUUAAGAUUUUGAGAAAUCAAACAUGUUCUAAGUACUGCUACUCUAACUCUUUCUCAGUUUCAUGGGUGAAAGGAUCAUCAAAGCUGCUAUAAAUUGCCAAGAUAUUUUUUCCUUGAGCUGAAAUUCCAGACUUUUGUGUGUAAUGGGCAGUAAUUCGUUUUCAAAAUUUGAUAAGCAGUUCAUAAAAUUUACUAAAUUUUUCUAAAUGCAAAAAACAAAAAAACAAAACAAAAAAAGAGAGUUGGUUUUACGCACUUAGAAGAAAAAAAAAUUCAUUCCUUCCUCCUUCUCCCAACCCCUUCAGCGACCAACAACUAUCACUAACCACUUUUUAUGUCCGACAACCACCUCCAAUUGCUAUCAACCAACUCCCACUGACGACAACUACUUUCAACCGUCACUUCCUGCAACCGAUAACCACCUCUGCCUACCCAUUUCCGACCAUCACCAAUUACCUCGGCUACAACCUCCCGUGGAUCAUCUCUCUCACUUGUUUUAAAAAAACAUACAUGUUUUUGUUUUAAUUUUUGGUUUUAUUAAAAAUAAACGUAAGUACUUUUAAUAUUUCCUUAUAAACAAAAAAACAGUAAGUAGUAAAUAUUAUCAAAUCACGCUUAACAAUAAAUGUUACCAUUGGACCAAGUCACAUAUCCAAUUACUAAUUGUAGCCUUGGUAGUGUAACUUUCACAAUAUAUGGAUUGAAAGUAAACCAAUACGCUACCAUGAUGUACCUGUUUGAGUAAAAAUACUUUCUCAUCUUAGUUUAGUUAUGUAUGAUUGUUCUUGGUGGGACCAAAACCAUGUGGAUAAUACCAUUCAUUGCAUAUGCAUUGAUCACCAUGACUUGUAUUCUCAAUCAAGUAAUUGGCUUAGUGUAGAUAGUUCCAUUGCAUUUUCUGAAUUCUAGUUCAGUUUCUGAUGGUUUAAUUACAUUUUUAAUCAUCAAAAUAGAAGUCGUGUAUCAUUUUUUUUUACUUUUUUAUUUUGUCUUUAAUAUUAAAUUGAGUCGAUUUGGUUUUCAACGUAUAAAAUUGUGUCAAGUUAGUCCCUAUAGUAUUGUAUAAAAGUAUUUCAAUUUUGUCCCCAACAUUUAAAUUAUGUUAGAUUGAAAUAUUUUUAUACAUUGAGGACCAAAUUGAUAUAAUCUAAACAUUGUAGACUAAAAUGACACGCGAAUCAUACUUUGGAUAAAAAAAAAUGUAAUUAACCCGUUUCUGAUUGUAGUUUUUUGCCCCCUUUGAUUAGCAAGUGAUAUAAGUAUUAUCUUGACGAUAAUCGAAAUUUAAAUUAAAAAAAUUCCUGGUGCAGGGGAAACAGAGUCAGUGGUGGUGAGUGUGUUGGAGAAGAAGAUAACACUCACUGGUAGUUUUGUUAAAGCACAUCCUCCAACUAGCCAAAUUGUUGCUGCAAAUUCCAGGAAGCCCCUCAACAAAGUCGCAAUGAUCACACGCCUCUUUCGCACUUCUCCCAGAUGAUCCUACAUUUCAACAAUGAAAAAAAACAGAAUACAAAAAUAUAUGUUUAUUACGAGGAAAUAAAAAAACAAAAAUACAAAAGAAACAAAACAUUGUAAAUGUCACUCAGUAUUGAUAAAAUUGUAUAUUCCCUUGUCACACUUGGUAUAUCGAGGGCGUUAAUGAUUUUUUUAUUAUUAUAUAUAUUCGGUUAGUAGAUCACUAAGAGGGUUGUUACAAUAAAUAACUCUUCUAUAUAAUUCACUAUCUAAGCUAAAUGCGGUACACACAAAUUAACAGUGGGCAGUGAAUAAUUUUUGUAAUAAAUCUUAGAAAUUUAAAAUAUGUAGAAAAGUGCCUAGAAUUUGAUUUAUUCAUUUCAAAUAUUUGCUACUUCUCUGAUUAUGUAGAAUUAUUGUUCAGCCUAAAUGUGUUGUAUGGUUCCCUAAUUUAUUUUCCUUUCCCUUCUUGUUACUCUUCAAUAACAGCACAAUUUCAUCACUUUAAAUUUGCAGGAGCACUAAUAUUUUGGACGGACUGAUCAAGCCAAAACCGACCACAUAGUAUGAAUGUGUGAUCGGCUUUGGCAUGAUUAAUCGGCCUAAGAAUCAUUUUUCAAUUUUAUAGACAUUGUGACCUGAAACAAUCGCAAUUGCUUUUCGCUCCUAGUGUUGAGUAGCGUGAAUUAAAGUGAGGGACUUUCCACAAUGAGAAAGUUGACAACUUAUACUACAUCAAAUUAAGAUAUUAGAGACAAAAGUUUAAGGAUAAAAUUACUUUUUAGGAGGAAAUAUUUUAAUUGUCAAAAGUGUCAUUGUUAUAUUUUUAGCAAUGAAAUUAGACAUUUAAUGAUGAAUUACUAUCUUUUUGGAUCUAAAAUUUUUGUUUCAAAAAACCUUUUUAGUACCAAAUUAUUUUGAUUUUAAAAGUGUAUUUAUUAGCGAUAUUUUUAAAAUUUUGCCAAUAAAAGUUCUUUUUUAACUUUAAUAUAGCCUUUUAGUGACGACAGAAAUAGAUCUCCUAAUAUUUUUUGCAACAGAAUUUUUAUUUUUGGAGAUAAAAAAAAUUGGUUCCUAAAAUCCUUAUAUGUUGUAGUGCUUUUUUUUUGUAUUUAUUUUUAGAUUUGAUAUAUUGUAGUGUUAUUACCUUUCUUAGGACCUGUUUGAUUACAUGAUAAAGAUGUAGGAUUGGACUGUUAAUCCUAUCAAAUUCAUAUUCUUGCAUUUGGAUCACACAAACGGCAUAUGGCUUAAUAAUACGUAGGAUUCUUAAUCCUACAAAAUUUUCGUAUAUCUAAUACCAAAGGAGAGUAGGUAUUAGCAAUUCUACACAUACUUAUCCCAUGAGAUUGUUAAUCCCAUCACUAGUACUCCAAAUAAUCAAACAGGGCCUUAGACCCUACUACUAUCCACUGUGUAUUUUUUUAUUUUUUUUUUUAAUUCUCAUAAAUUUUUUUAGGGGAGAACCAAUAACAAAUCCUUCUUUGGGAACUAUGGAGAGAGAGAUGGAUGCCUUAAUUGUAAACAAGAGAGUGAAGAGAGGGAGAGCAUAAAACUUCGUUAACAAGAAAGAGAUGUUUAAUAAUGUCCCAUUCAACCUAACAGAAACCCACAAGGAAUGAGUAAUAGAUGCUUCCCUUUAUCAGCAUGCUAUCGUAUCAUAAGAAACACAAAAGGGAAAAGAAGAAGAAGAAGAAGAAGAAGAAGAAGAAAGUCUAUCACAAUAAGCAUAAAUAUUACAAUGCCUUAGCAGAAUCAGAUUCCAAAAUGCAAGAGAGGAAUUCCCACAUGACAAUCCAAACAUUAAUCAACUGUUCAUCAUCAUCAUAAAAAUGCCCUCAAAUUCUUCAUAAUCCUCAUACUAAUCAAUAGCUUGAUCUUGACUGUGUUCGAUUCUCAGCUUUAAUGUCAGCAUACCCAAUAAAGUAUUGCUGCAUGGUGAUGAGGAUGAAUAUAGACUGCAAUGGUUGUUACAGGAAACUAAGGUCAAUCCUCCUCAACAUGAAAGAAAUAGAGACACACUUGAUAGAGAAGCAACACUGCAGGGUGUCUGUGUGCGGGAGAUUUAGACCGUCCGAUGUGACUAUAAAGAUAAGGAAGAAAAUGAAACGCAGAGUCGAAAUCUUGGACAUUCAAGAAGAGUCCGCCGGCACUGGCUUCUAAGGUGAUGUAGGUCAGAAUCAU